CUCUAUACGUGCGCGUUCACGAGUGAGCUACGAACAAGUAGAGGACGACGAAGCUACACCGAGGGCCUCUCUCCAUUUUCUCUCUCUGCCUCUCGAUCAGGCCCUUUAUUUUCACUUUAGGUUUUAAAUAACACGUCACCAUGAAAAGGAAGAUUUUUGGCGCUGUUUUGGCUAUUUGUAUCGGCUGGUUUCAAGCCGAAGCUAUGACAGGUGCAACCAUCAUGACUAGUCCUGAGGUGAACAAUGCGACCUCAGCAACACUGAGCUGCAACCUGACCAACCCUUCUUCUCCAAUCAAAGGCCACUAUUGGGCCAAGAAUGGAAAGAAAAUUGAAGACUCUGAGUCAACAAAUAUGGACUCCUAUGCUGAACACUUCAUUGAAAAGGCUGAUUACCAUCAGGCCGGAGUAUAUACCUGUGUUUUCCUAACAGAACCUCAGGCCAAUGCCACCAUUGAAGUUAAAGCUUCCCCGCACAUAAAAGCUCCCAAAAACUCUGAGAACGCUAAUGAGAAAGACAAGGCGGUGCUGAGCUGUGUAGGCCAGGGAUACCCACUGCCUACUGACUGGAACUGGUUCAAGCUUUCUGAUGCAGGGGAACAGUCUACCAUCUAUAAUGGCACCGAUAAGUAUGAGAUCAAGAGCACACCCAACAGGACCACGCUGUAUAUCAAAGACCUGGACAUCAACGAGGACAUGGGCAUCUACCAGUGUCAAGGCACCAGUGAGGUUGGCACUAGUAAAGACCAGAUCCAGCUGCGCGUGCGGAGUCAGCUGGCCGCUCUCUGGCCUUUCCUUGGCAUCGUGGCUGAGGUCAUCAUCCUCAUCACUAUCAUCUUCGUCUACGAGAAGAGAAGAAAGCCUGAUGAGAUCAAUGACGAUGAUGACUCAGGAUCUGCUCCUCUGAAGAGCAACGCCGCUACAAACCACAAAGACAAAAAUGUCCGGCAAAGAAACUCCAACUGAGGAAAGAGAAAGGGUGUUCUCAUGACUGCUGUUGAAGAUAUAAAGAUGGUUGAGUUUGAGUUGCACGACUUCACCCUCUGCUUGAGUGUAAAUGUCUAGAUGAUGAUAAUAACUGGUCUCCUUUUACUUUUAUUCCUCUCCAUACUGUGCUGCAGACCUUUUAAACGUGGGUUUGGGGAGGGUGGGGAGGGAAGUACUGCAUGAUUGUAUUGCUGUAGAAGUGUGUGUUUAGUGGAAAUCUCUUAAUGUGGGAAUAAAUUUCUUUUUUUUUUUUUGUCUUCCUGGCUUUUUCCACUGUUCUUCACAAGUGUUCACGUGUUCAAAUACAACAGUCCCGAUUCUUUGGCAGCAGUCAAAGUUUAGCUUUUUAUUUUUCUGUACGCCUUAAUGUUUAGCCACUUUAUUGUACAUGCUGUUUUUAAUAACAUUCAAAUAAUUUAAGCUAACUUUCAUGUGCAGUACAGCGUAUUAAAGUGCACUAGUCCAAGUGGAUGGUCAAAUGCCACUGUAUUUUUGUCUAGCUAACAGUUUGCCAUUUAAUAAAACAAGCAUAUUUCCAGGCUUCAUGUGUUAACCUUUAGGACCAAGUGUUAGUACGCCGUGCCAUUUUUGCUCCUUGCGUAAUCCGUUAUAAGUUGUUUUGCAGAAUCUAACAUGGAGGACAAUGACAUGGUUGUGUGUGGGAUUUUAGUGGAUGCUUGUUGCUUAAAUGAUUCUCCUAUAGACGGUCAUACUUUUGCAUUGUGAAGUAUUGUGUCUGGAUGUGUGCCAUUUGCAAGUUAAGAGAUGCAUAAUUGUAAGACCUUGUUUAAAUUAUUUUUGCCUUAGCGUCAUAGGACAUCUAAUACACUGUCAACAUGUACUGACUUGCACAAUCUGAAUAAAACUAUUUGAUUUUAA